AGGCUGCGCGUGAAUCACAGCAUCAACAGUUUCCUCCAAGCACAGAACCACCAGGCGGGACGACUACGAUGGACUGAAAACCAUCGAAAGGGGGCGAGACAUCGAAUGGAAAUGUUCAGAUCUACAUGUAUACCAUGGACACUGAUAUGAUUCCAAAAUUCUCCUCGAAAGACGAGGAGAUUAACUUCUGGAAGGCUCUUUCCCUCAAGUACAAGAAAAAUUGCCAGGAGGCCCAGGAGGAGCUGCUGGAGUUUCAGGAGGGCAGCAGAGAGCUGGAGGCAGAGCUGGAAACCCAGCUGGGGCAGGCUGAGCACCGCAUGAGAGACCUGCACUCUGAGAACAGCAGGCUCAAGAACGAGGUGGACUCACUCAAGGAGAAACUGGAGCAGCAGUAUGCCCAAAGCUACAAGCAGAUCAACAUGCUGGAGGGUGACCUGGGUCAGACCCGGGGCAUCAAGGAGCAGCUCCACAAAUACGUCCGGGAGCUGGAGCAGUCCAACGACGACCUGGAAAGAGCCAAGAGGGCUACGAUCGUGUCCCUGGAGGAUUUUGAGCAGCGUCUGAACCAGGCCAUCGAAAGGAAUGCCUUCCUGGAGAGUGAGCUUGAUGAGAAAGAGUCCCUCCUGGUCUCAGUGCAGAGAUUAAAAGAUGAGGCCAGAGACCUACGACAGGAGCUCGCCGUCCGAGAGCGAAAUACGGACUUGACCAGGAUGUCGGCACCCGCCUCGCCCACCCAGGAGGACAACGACAAGAUGGAUUCCUCUGUCCAGGCCUCACUGUCUCUCCCCGCCACGCCGCUCGCCAAUAGUCUGGACAACGCCUUCGCCAACCCAACAGAGUUGUCAAACGGCCUUGGUAACUCACUAACUCCCUCUGCCAGAAUAUCAGCACUCAACAUCGUAGGUGACCUGCUUCGGAAAGUAGGGGCUCUGGAGUCUAAGCUGGCAGCCUGCAGGAACUUUGCCAAGGACCAGAAAGCCAGAAAGUCUUACGCCAUCACGGAAAACGGGAACGUGAUCAACGGCAACACAGCCAAGUUCUCCCAUACCCUCCACAUGACGUCGUCGUACUACGACAAAACCAGGGCGGUGAACGGCAUGGACCCUGGCACCCUGACAGCCAUCACAGCACCCCCCGCUCCCUCCUCCCCUGGCCUCCUGCCUCUCAUCAUGUGACAGUGACAGUGACAGACACCACACCCCAAUUUAAUCUCCCCCCUGCACACACAAACACCCUGCCAAUGGACAAGGCUAUAUCCUUAAACAGAAAGCAUUGUGAUGACUUCAAACAAGAGAACGCACAUGAGAAUGGCUAGCACUAUUAAACACUUUUCACAUACUGUAAUACUGGCCCCUUUUUGCAGCCACUGCAUAUACACAGGCUGUCUGUGUAAUUCUGGCCCUUUAGUGCUUGUGCUUUGGUCCUACUGUACAUGUGGCUCACAGUUUAUAUGUACUCGCUAAUUGUUUACUGCUUGUACAUAUAGCCCACUCUACACAGACACCCAAAGAGAAGGUGCAUCCAAAGAGACGGUAUCUAUGUAGGAUCCUAUCCUCUCUGCAGUCAUUUUUCAAAUCUUUAGUUUAGACUGAAAAAACACACGUUAUGCAAUUGAAAUUGUGACACAGUGAGGGUUUCCGAUAUACAUGUUACUGUAAUUUUAUUUAACUGUUACGAUUUAUCAGAGAUGGUGUAGCAAGUGAAAGAAUAUAGAUUAGCCAGAGUCUACAGAAGAAGCAAGAUGUCUGGAUUACUGUAACGCAUUCAUCUAGCAGCAUUGCCUCAGACAAUGCAGAGGCCCUCUCUAACUCUCCACGCCUUAUUUGACAUUUCUUAUAAAUGGAAACUAGGGUUAAUGGAUUGGCAGCUGGCACACGUGUGUAGAUGUGUUUAAUAGCCUGGAACGGUCCUUCACCACGUGGACCUGCUCCUAACAAGCUGACUUAUUGUCCGUCACUAAAGGUGGUUUAAAUCUCGUGUCGACCUCGUAUGCCUUUCUGACCUUGAGUCUAACUUCAGUAGCCAUCUGAAGAAUUUAAUGUUACAGUUUUGUUUUUAUUUAUGUAAUGUGUUCAAAUUAAAAUGCAUUGUUUUAGACCUGUUCAAAAGGGAUGGUGAAGGAAAAUACUCAUUGUGUCGUUGUGUUCUGGGCUACUUAGUCUCAGCUCAGUUUAACCGUAUGACAACGUGCACUGUAUUGGUCAUAUUGAUCAUUAUUUAUAGAUGUCCACUUGAGUGGUGCUGUCAUGGUGUUUUAGACUACUUUUGCCAGUAUUCAAUUUUUGGAUUUUAACUCCCAAGUCUUUCAUUUUCGGUGUUGAAUUUUCACUGGUAUCUUAUUGUAUUUAAAAUAUCACACAACCCUGUGUUAGCAACCUAUAUUGUAAGUUAAGAGCACUUUAUCCAGUGCAAGUAUUUUCACAUUAUUCUAUCAGUUUUAUUCAAGUGCAAUAUUGCCUGUUUGUAUGUUUUGUUUAUUCAUUUUAUGGCAUGAUGUGUUCAAAUAUAUAGGAUGUGAUUAUACAUCAAUUAGUCAUAUAUCAUGAUGUAGGAUCCGUUGUCUUAAAAUGUUGAGAAAAUAAAUAAAUAAAGCCAUUCUUUUUAUUGUUUUUAAAACUUAAAGUAGUCCACAAUGCAAAUUUAGCAAUUCAACUCUAGCCUCAUACCAUGAGCUAAUACAGAUUGUAUAUUGGAGUUCUCCUUGAAUCUAGUUGAGCAAUGAAUGGGAUUGGUUAAAUUUAGGCGAGUCAUCCUAAUUAGUUAAGGUUUCAAUAGUGAUUCUUUUAAAUUUAGGCAAUAAUUGUGAAGUGAAACAGCUGGAUUCGAAACAGAGAAUGUAGCUAUCGCAACCUAUGUUACGCUCUCUGCACAGGCCUGCACCCAGUAGGCUAAAAUGUUAUUUAAAUAGAGGGUGGUCAUUAGUCGUGGCUAGAAGGGAUCAAGCUUUUGUCAAAUUAACAUCAGAUUUGUUUUGUAGCAAGUUACACUGAACCCAAACCGGCUGUGCGCGUGCCCCAUUGUGCAUACAUUUAUUUUGUCCCCCCACACCAAACGCGAUCAUGACACGCAGGUUAACUUCUUAUGGCUGCAUCCCGCUACCGGGAUCGAUAUGAUAGCAGCCAGUGAAAGUGCAGGGCGCCACAUUCAAACAGAAAUCUCAUAAUUAAAAUUCCUCAAACAUACAUGUGUCUUAUAUCAUUUUAACGGUAAUCUUGUUGUUAAUCCCACAAGUGUCCGAUUUUCAAAUAUGCUUUUCAGCGAAAGCACUACAAACGAUUGUUAGGUCACCACCAAACCACAAUAAGCACAGCCAUUUUUCCAGCGAAAGAUAGCUUUCACAAAAAGCAGAAAGAGAUAAAAAAUUAAUCACUAACCUUUGAUUAUCUUCAUCAGAUGACACUCAUAGGACUUCAUGUUACACAAUACAUGCAUGUUUUGUUUGAUAAAGUUCAUAUUUAUUAAAAAAAUCUGAGUUUACAUUGGCACGUUACAUUCACUAGUUCCAAAAACAUCAAGUGAUUUUGCAUAGCCACAUCGUUUCAACAGAAAUACUCAUCAUAAAUGUAGAUAAUAAUACAAGUUAUACACAUGGAAUUAUAGAUAUACCUCUCGUUAAUGCAGCCGCUGUGUCAGAUUUCCCAAAAGCUUUACAGAAAAGCAAAUCAUGCAAUAAUCUGAGACAGAGCUCAGAAUAAUAGCCAAAUUAGCCGCCAACAGAAACCAGAAAAUACAUGAUAAAUGUUUCCUUACCUUUGAACUUCAUCAGAAUGCAGUCCUAGGAAUCACAGGUCCACAAUAAAUGCUUGAUUUGUUCGAUAAUGUCCAAUUAGCUACUUUGGUUAGCGCGUUAGCGGUAAACAAUUCCAAAGUCAUAAAGCGCAUCCACUAUAACGUGACAAUGUCCAAAAGUUCCGUAACAGUCAGUAGAAACAUGUCAAACGAUGUACUGAAUCAAUCUUUAGAAUGUUGUUAAAAUACAUCUUGAAUAACGUUCCAAUUAGAUUGAUUUCAGAAGAGCGGUGGAACAGAGGUCCUCAUGUGAAGGCACGUGUUCAAUGCGUGGUCACCUCAUGGCAGUGAUUACUAAUUCCUGUCUCCUUCGGCCCCCCUUCACAUUAGUCAUCAGACAAAGUUCUAGACAGGUCGAAAAGCACUACACAUUUAUGGCAAUUUAGCUAGCUAGCUUGCACUUGCUAGCUAAUUUGUCCUGGGAUUUAAACAUUGAGUUAUUUUACCUGAAAUGCACAAGGUCCUCUACUCCACCAAUUAAUCAACACAAACGGUCAACCAAAUCGUAUCUAGUCAUCUCUCGUCCUUCCGGGCCUUUUCUUCUCUUGACUUUAUAUUGCGAUUGGCAACUUUCAUAAAUUAGGUGCAUUACUGCCACUGACCUCGUUCGUCUUUCAGUCACCCACGUGGGUAUAACCAAUAAGAAGAUGGCACGUGGAUACCUGCUUCUACAAACCAAUAAGGAGAUGGGAGAGGCAGGACUUGCAGCACGAUCUGCGUCAGAAAUAGAACUGACUUCUAUUUUAGCCCUUGGCAAUGCAGACGCUCGUUGGUGCGCGGGAGCAAUAAUUUAAUAAAAGAUUUCUGAAUUUAUUUUGUAAUGCUCGCGCAUGCGACGCGAGCGGUGUAGUCAGGGUAUUAGGAGAACUUACGCAGCAGGUUUGGAUAAUUAGUUCAAGGUUAGGAAAAGGGUUAUGGGUAGCUAAAAUGCACUUGAUUUUAUUUUUUCAAAAGCUGGAUUCCUCCUAGCCAUGACCAGGUAAUAUACUCACGUUAGCUACACUGAUUCAUGGACAGUAUAUCCAGGUUGCAUCUGGUUUAUAAGGACCAAUAUCACAUGCACACUUUCAGUGAGCACAGGGAGCAGCAAAACGACAUCACCUCAUCCAGAAAAACAUGGCAGACAUUGGAUGAGUAUAAAAUCAAAGUACAGUAUGAUGAUGGGCAGAAACUGCUUCUCCAAUAGAAAUCCCAGAUCACGCUUGUAGGUGAUGUGACUUUGGCUAGCUAAGCUCAUGCGCAGAAAUAAGUCAUACCUACACAUGCCUACUUGUUAACAAAAUUAAGGAAGUUUCCUUUAAAAUUAUUCAUAAAUAUUAUCCUGCCAACCACUAUAUGAAGAAGUUUAAGAAAAACUAACUCAAAUUGUACCUUUUGUAAUGACCACCCAGAAACCGUGUCGCAUCUUUUUUGGCAUUUAUUAAUGUAAGGAAACUGUGGCAAGACAUCAGUAGAUUUAUAAUUGAACACAUUUAUGAAGAUUUUACACUAUUGUGUGGAGGUGUACUGCUUGGAUUCAUUACCUACAAUAAAAUUGUUUCAACUUA